AUGGGUGGGCUUGAGUCUUUGAGCCCGGGCACCGACCCGGAUAGGCCCAUCCACAUUGUCUUCGUUGGUGCCGGCGCUGUUGGGUGCUUCUACGCCUCGCGGCUACACCAUCCAUCUCACAACAUCCAUGUCUCGCUCAUCGCCCGCUCCAACUACAAAGCCCUUGCCGAGCAUGGCGUCCAACUUCAAACUCACACUUUCGGGGACUAUACCUUCCGCCCGCACGCUGUCUUCCCCUCGGUAGCCGCCGCCGCCGCCAACCCCAGUCCGUCGGGCGCCGGGCCUCACGAGUGGGACUACAUCAUCGUCACCACCAAGGCACUGCCUGACCGCUCCGACGACAGCGCUCUCAUCGCCCCGCUCGUUAGCGCCAACUCGUGUAUCGUACUCAUCCAAAACGGCGUCGGCGUCGAGCAGCCCUACCGCACCCGCUUCCCCGCCACGCCCAUAAUCAGCGCCGUCACCGUCAUCUCCGCCGAGCAGACUUCCCCGGGCACCGUCCGGCAGAACCGCUGGACCCGCAUUCACAUCGGCCCCUACUCCGACUCGGCCUCCUUCUCCCCGCCCUCCGACAAAGCCACGGCCAGCUACCCGCGGGGCGACGACACAACCGGCGCGCUCACCCCAACGGGCGCCUCCCCCUCUCCCAGCACCACCACCGGCAACAACAACACCAACAGCAGCAGCAGCAGCAGCAGCAGCAGCACCCCCCACCCCACCUCCGCCGCCCUCCAACAAGCCGGCGCGCACCGCGCAGCCCUGCUCUCCGACUGGUGGACGCGGCUCGGCCAGAUCCGCGACGUGGACCUGGCUGCAGACGAGACAGCACUGCAAACGAUCCGGUGGCACAAGCUAUGCAUCAAUGCGGCGUUCAACCCCUCGGCGGUGCUCGCGGGCGGGCGCGGCAACGCCGACAUGGCGCGCGACGCCGAGCUGCGCGCCCACCUCGCGGGCGUGAUGCGCGAGAUCUGGGCCGCCGCGCCGCAGGUCCUGGGACGCGCGUUCCCGGCGUCGCUGGCGGGGCCGGAGAAGAUCCUGAGGAGCACGGAGCGGAAUGUGGGCAGCAAGCCGAGUAUGCUGCUGGAUUGGGAGGCCGGCAGGCCGAUGGAGAUUGAGGUGAUCUUGGGGAAUCCGGUCAGGAUUGCGAGGGCAAGGGGCGUGGAGAUGCCCAGGUUGCAGACGCUUUAUGCGUUGUUGAGGAGUGCGCAGGAGGUGAGGGAGGGGGGGAAGAAGGGGAGGGCGGAGAAGGGGAAGUUGUAG